GGGUUCGUAUACCAUACAUCCGGCUGUACGGUGAGCACCGUACAGCCGGCCCAAUUUUAGUGUUUUUAAAUUACUUAACUGUUGGCCCGUGCUCCAAAAGCCCAAAAUUUGAAAAUACCCGGUUGCGGUAAAAUAAAAUACAUGAACGAUUUUUUUUAAAAACAAAAAGCAACUGCAAAUCUCUCAAAAACCGCAAUCUCUUCGCACGAGACACAACUCUUCCCAACUACACCGCCAUAUCUGUAUCUCGACAUUAAUGGUGACCAGUUAAUCGGAGUUGUUGCUUUACGAGCUAGAAGAAGACGGGGAAGGAGAUCUGAGUUCCGAAGUGUUAGGUUUUGAGUACUAAGAACGAACAGAGCUAUGGAUCUCGUUUCAGAAUGGAACAUGCUUUCAAAUGCACAUGAAGAACACGAAAGUGCUGAAGCAUCUGAAAAAAAUCCACCAACAAAGGUUGUAACAGAGAUUCCAGUCCUGCGUAAAAUACCAAAAAGGAAAGCAUUAAAAAGUCCAAAAGUUUCAAAAGCCCUGAAGCAACAAAAGAAGGUAGGUGUUCAAAAGAAAAGAAAAGCAUCUGAAGAGGUUUUAGAAGUUAAACAACAUACAGCUGCAGAUGAGGAUGCUGUUGAUGGAGAAAGUUUCAAGCAGAAUGAGGAUCCAGG